AUGGCGGAUCGGGCGGAGAUGUUUUCUCUUUCCACCUUCCACUCGCUGUCGCCGCCGGGUUGCAGGGCUCCUCAGGACAUUAGCCUGGAAGAAUUUGACGAUGAGGACCUGUCUGAGAUCACCGAUGAUUGUGGCUUGGGCCUCAGCUACGACUCUGACCACUGCGAGAAGGACAGCCUCUCCCUGGGACGCUCGGAGCAGCCGCACCCCAUCUGCUCCUUCCAGGAGGACUUCCAGGAGUUUGAAAUGAUUGAUGACAAUGAAGAGGAGGAGGAGGAAGAGGAGGAGGAGGAAGAGGGAGAAGGGGAGGGUGAGGAAGGAGGCCUCCAUAGCUCCAAAGUUCCUGCUCAGGAGCCCCUGAUCCCCUCCCCCUCUGUCACCGAGCUGCACAAGCACCGACCCACCACACUUCACCUGAGCACCCUGGGAGCACAGGAUUCCCUGAACAACAACCGCAGCUUCGACCUUGUCCCUCCGGACCCCUGGCCAGAGACGCUGCUGAGCACACUGCCCCCGGAGGCCCUCCAAGAGGUCUCCGGUGCCCUCCUGCCCACAGACACAGGCCCCCAAGGGUCAUGUUCCCCCGUGCGGCCAGGCUGCGACUGCCAAGGGAACCAGCCGGCUGGGCCCCCGGCUCCGGGUGGGGCCUCGCCUUCCUCAGAUCCGGGCAUCGAGGCUGACCUGGGCAGCCGCGAGGGCCGGCGCAGCAGCCAGGAGCUGUCCACGCCAGGCUCAGACUCCGAAGGCCCAGGGGGCGCACGCCUGGGCCGCAUGAUCUCGUCCAUCUCCGAGACCGAGCUGGAGCUGAGCAGCGACGGCGGCAGCAGCAGCAGCGGCCGCUCCUCACACCUCACCAACUCCAUAGAGGAGGCCUCAUCGCCAGCUUCGGAGCCGGAGCCCGAGCCCCCACAGGAGCCCCCGCGCCGGCCUGUCUUCCUGCCUGUGGGCCCCGACGACACCAACAGCGAGUACGAGUCCGGCUCUGAGUCCGAGCCGGACCUCAGCGAGGACGCCGACUCGCCCUGGUUGCUCAGCAACCUGGUGAGCCGCAUGAUCUCCGAGGGCUCCUCGCCCAUCCGCUGCCCCGGCCAGUGCCUGUCACCACGCCCGCCGGGGGAGCUCACAGCGCCGGCCGGCGGGGACACCGAGGCCACACAAGCCACAGCGCAGGCCGGUGUGGAGCUGGUGGACAUGGAGACGCUGUGUGGGCCGCCGCCGCCUGUGCCCACUGCACCCACCCGGCCUGGUCCAGUGCAGCCGGGGCCCUGCCUCUUCCUUAGCAACCCCACUCGCGACACCAUCACACCGCUCUGGGCCGCUGUGGGCCGUAGUGGCCGCCCAGGUCGCACCUGUUCCGCUGCCUGCUCGGAGGAGGAGGAUGAGGAGGAGGAGGAGGAAGAGGAGGAGGAUGACGACGAAGCCGAGGAAAGCUCGGUGGUGCCACCGGGGGGCAGGCCUGGCUCUGCGCCACGGGAUGCCUCGCUGGUGUACGAUGCGGUCAAGUACACACUGGUGGUGGACGAGCACACCCAGCUGGAGCUGGUGAGCCUGCGGCGCUGCGCCGGCCUUGGGGACAACAGCGAGGAUAGUGGAGGCGAGGCCAGCGAGGAGGAGGCUGGGCCUGGGCUGCUGGGCAGCAGUGGAAGUGGGGACCUGGAGGACGCCUCCCCAGACAGUCCUGACCUCACCUUCUCCAAGAAGUUCCUCAACGUCUUUGUCAACAGCACAUCUAGAUCCUCCAGCACCGAGUCUUUUGGCCUUUUCUCUUGUCUGGUGAAUGGCGAAGAACGGGAGCAGACCCACCGCGCAGUCUUCAGGUUCAUCCCUCGUCAUCCAGACGAACUGGAACUGGACGUAGAUGACCCUGUGCUAGUGGAGGCAGAGGAAGACGACUUCUGGUUCCGAGGUUUCAACAUGCGAACCGGGGAGCGUGGAAUCUUUCCUGCCUUCUAUGCUCAUGCGGUGCCUGGCCCCACCAAGGACCUGCUAGGCAGCAAGCGGAGCCCUUGUUGGGUGGACCGAUUUGACGUGCAGUUCCUGGGCUCCGUGGAGGUCCCUUGUCACCAAGGCAAUAGCAUCCUGUGUGCUGCCAUGCAGAAGAUUGCCACAGCACGGAAGCUGACCGUCCACCUGCGCCCUCCUGCCUCCUGUGACCUUGAGAUCUCUCUUCGGGGGGUCAAGCUGAGUCUGAGUGGAGGAGGCCCUGAGUUCGAGCGCUGCAGCCACUUCUUCCAGAUGAAGAACAUUUCCUUCUGUGGGUGCCACCCCCGCAAUAGCUGCUACUUCGGCUUCAUCACCAAGCACCCCCUGCUGAGUCGCUUUGCCUGCCACGUGUUCGUCUCCCAGGAGUCCAUGCGGCCGGUGGCGCAGAGCGUGGGCCGCGCCUUCCUGGAGUACUACCAAGAGCACCUGGAAUACGCCUGCCCCACAGAGGACAUCUACCUGGAGUAG